CUUGACCCAUUUGAGAUCUUGGGAAGUUAGUAUAAGGGUUGGUUUUGGUUUUGGUUUUUGUUUUGUUUCUGUUUUUUGUUUGCUUGAUCUCUUCUUGAUUUUACGUUCAUGGCGAUUUUGUUUGUCUGUUCUUGAUUGGGUGGUGAUUUGGGGGAUAUUUGAUUUGAAGGGAGUUUAUUGUUAGUGGAUUUGAGGUAAAGAUUAUUUUUUUUUUUCUGAUUUUGAAAUUUUUGUUGAUUUGGGAAGUGGUGGAAAAUGAGUGUGAGUAUGGAGGAGGAUGGUUCAGGUUCAAAAAUACAUCUACCUGCAGAUAUAAAUUGGGAGAUGCUUGACAAAUCUAAGUUUUUUUUCUUGGGAGCUGCGCUUUUUUCUGGUGUUUCAGGUGCACUUUACCCAAUUGUAGUGUUGAAAACUAGGCAGCAAGUUAUGAGCAGUCAAAUUCCAUGUCUAAAAAUGGCAGGAUCUAUAUUGAGGAAUGAAGGGUAUAGAGGAUUUUAUAGAGGAUUUGGUACUUCUCUAACAGGGACUAUUCCUGCUAGAGCACUUUACAUGGGGGCACUUGAAGUGACUAAAAGUAGUGUUGGAACUGCAACUGUUCAGUUGGGAUUCUCCGAGGCAUCGUCUUCGACUAUUGCUAGUGCUGCUGCUGGGCUAAGCGCGGCUAUGGCAGCUCAAUUGGUGUGGACACCAAUUGAUGUUGUGAGUCAGAGGUUGAUGGUUCAAGGAAGUGGAAAUUCUAGCUGUGGUGUUGUUGGAUUGAAGUGUUAUAACGGUGGGAUCGAUGCGUUUAGGAAGAUUAUUUGUAGUGAUGGUUUGAGGGGAUUGUAUAGAGGAUUUGGUAUUUCAAUACUGACUUAUGCACCUUCAAAUGCAGUGUGGUGGGGUUCAUACUCUAUAGCUCAUAGAUUGGUUUGGGGCUCAAUUGGUUGCUAUUGUUGCAAGAAAGACACCGAGGGCGGUUAUAAGCCAGAUGGGAAGGCAAUGCUUGCAGUUCAAGGAGUGAGUGCAGCUAUGGCUAGUGGAGUGUCUGCAUUAGUUACAAUGCCACUCGACACCGUGAAGACGAGAUUACAAGUAUUAGAUGAUGAUUGUUAUAGUAGUAGUAGUAGGAGAACACCAACAGUUUUACAAACAGUGAAGAAUUUAGUGAAGGAAGGUGGAUUUAGUGCUUGUUAUAGAGGAUUAGGUCCAAGAUGGGCAUCAAUGUCAAUGUCUGCAAUAACUAUGAUCACUACUUAUGAGUUCCUCAAGAAACUAUCUACCAAGAAUUAAGAAACCUUUGUUUGAUGAAAUCUUGGAUUGACAUUGAGCACAGAUAUCAAUGAGGGAAAAUGGAGCCCUUCUGAACACACGGCGAAAUCUGAAUUAGUCUGGCCAAUGUUUAUAUGGCGCGAAUCCAGAUUAGUCGGGCUAGUGAGAUAACAAUGGUUUAAACCUAAAGAAAAGGGAAGAUGUUCUAUAUUUAGAAUCCUAUUGAAGUUUACUUUUUCUUAUGUUUUACCUAACCUAAUGUAAAUUUUUGUAAAAAAUGUAGUUGCAAUGUUAUGUUAUAGCAAUGUU